AUGCCUCGAGUGGUGGAGUGCGCCCCCUGGAGGUGGCUGAAGGAGGGAAGGGAGUCGCGGAAACUGGUUCUGGUGGUCGUGUUUGUCGCUCUGCUGCUGGACAAUAUGCUGCUCACUGUUGUGGUGCCAAUCAUCCCCACCUUCCUCUAUGCAACAGAAUAUGAAGGUGCUAACAGCUCUGCUUCCCAGAACUGGCUCAUGGCAGCCCCCACAGCCUUUGCAGCUCCUCCCUUCUCCUCCAUGUUCUCUUACUUUGACAACACCACAGUGACUGUCUCAGACUACGUGGCUGUCAACACCACAGUGGGGGUGAACAGGACAGAAAACAGCAGCCUGCCUCAGCUCACUGGGGCCAGCCUGCCACCAAAAAACAGCUGUGUAGAUGGUGAGGCAUUCCUCAUGGAGGAGAACGUGCGUGUUGGACUGCUGUUUGCCUCCAAGGCUCUUAUGCAGCUCAUAAUCAAUCCGUUUGUGGGUCCCUUGACUAACAGGAUAGGAUACCACAUUCCCAUGUUCGCUGGAUUCAUCAUCAUGUUUCUCUCUACAGUCAUGUUUGCUUUCUCAGGUACCUACACCCUGCUGCUUGUGGCUCGAGCACUCCAGGGCAUUGGCUCAUCCUUUUCAUCUGUCGCAGGCCUGGGAAUGCUGGCAAGUGUGUACACAGAUGACUACGAGAGAGGAAACGCUAUGGGGAUAGCAUUAGGAGGUCUGGCAUUGGGGGUGCUUGUUGGGGCUCCCUUUGGAAGCGUGAUGUAUGAGUUUGUUGGAAAAUCAGCCCCCUUUCUGAUCCUGGCAUUCUUAGCCCUUUUGGACGGAGCUUUACAGCUGUGCAUCCUGCAGCCCUCUAAGAUUUCCCCCGAAAGCACCAAAGGCACCCCCGUAUUCACAUUGCUGCGAGAUCCCUACAUCCUGGUUGCUGCAGGUGCCCUGUGCUUUGCUAACAUGGGGGUGGCAAUGCUGGAGCCCACGUUACCCAUCUGGAUGAUGCAAACCAUGUGCUCCCCAAAGUGGCAGCUGGGGAUGGCAUUCCUGCCUGCCAGCAUAUCUUACCUCAUUGGCACCAACCUCUUUGGGGUGCUGGCCCACAAAAUGGGGCGGUGGCUGUGCUCCCUGAUUGGAAUGGUUGUGGUGGGGAUUAGUCUCCUUUGUGUGCCUCUUGCGCAAAAUAUUUAUGGAUUGAUCGGCCCAAAUGGUGGGCUUGGCUUUGCCAUAGGCAUGGUGGAUUCCUCGAUGAUGCCUAUUAUGGGAUACCUGGUGGACCUUCGCCACACCUCUGUCUAUGGCAGCGUCUAUGCCAUUGCUGACGUUGCCUUCUGCAUGGGCUUUGCUAUCGGUCCAUCUACAGGGGGUGUGAUUGUACGGGCUAUUGGGUUUCCCUGGCUGAUGGUCAUCAUUGGAGUGACCAACAUUGCUUACGCCCCUCUCUGCUGGUACCUGCGGAGUCCUCCAGCUAAAGAGGAGAAGAUUGCAAUUUUAAACCAGGAAUGCCCCAUGCAAACCAAAUGCUACGCCACCCAGAAACCUCUGCGGGAAUUCCCCCUGACAGAUGGUAGUGACGAGGAGGCAGAGAGUGAGGAAUAG